CCAGGCUCCCUUUUGUUGAACCAUCAAACAUAAGCUCCUUCUCAGCUCCCGAGGGCUUCAGAAGACAGCAAAGAGCACAGAAUAUUCUUCACAUCGGCUGUAAUCCUGGGUUGGCAUCAUCACAAGAAGCCAUGUCCAGGUCUUUCUAUGUCGACUCACUCAUCAUCAAGGACUCGGCCAGACCCGCGCCUCUGGGCGAGCACACGGCGCAGGACUUCUUCAUCCCCAUCGGCAUGCACGCACCGGGUGUGAUGGGUGUCCCUGCGGCCGCAUGUCCGUCCCGGAAAAGCGGAGCCUUCUGCGUGUGUCCGCUCUGCGUCGCCUCGCAUGUGCACUCGCCCCGGGCUGGCCUGCCUCUGCUGAAGGCUCCAGGAUUCCCGAGCGGAGAUGCACCAUACUGCCAAAGGCUCGCACAGCAACACAACACCGCGCCCGUCUGCACGCCCCCCGCUUACAGCGUCACUGACCCACGGAGAUACCACUGCCUCUCCAUAGGUGCGUCGGAUAACGGCCACGUUCAGAACGGAAAGCGCAUGCGCACGGCCUUCACCAGCACGCAGCUUCUCGAACUCGAGCGCGAGUUCUCCUCUAACAUGUACCUGUCGCGCCUGCGCAGGAUUGAGAUCGCCACGUACCUCAACCUGUCGGAGAAGCAGGUGAAGAUCUGGUUCCAAAACCGGCGCGUUAAGCACAAGAAGGAGGGCAAAGGCGCGCAGCGAAGCGCGCAUGCAGGGUGCAAGUGCUCUGGGAACCACGCACCCUACCCGCGAUCAGAGGACGAGGAGUCCCUCUCACCUGCCUCAGCCACCGAGGAGAAAGAGGGUUCGCCCAUGUAACAGAGAAAUACAGAGACACAUAAAGACUCGAUGAUCUGAAGUCUCAGAUCUAAGAUCUAGGACUAUUCACUCUAACUAGCACUUAGUCUUCCGUACGCACGGACCCUUGGACGUCUCCGAAAACAAGUAGAUUCAGCAAAUUGAACGUUUAUCGUCUUAUUCUCUUUACCCGUCACUCUUUCAAAAAAAAAAAAUCACCAAAGUCACCAGGGUUGCGUUUACAUGCAUUUGCAUUUAUUUGUAUUCUUGUCCAUCUGAGCUUAAACAGUGUGUUUGCUUUAUCCCUGAGGAUUUUGCUGUUUGGUGGUGUUACAACAAAAAAAGUGUGGUGUUUGGUGUUACAACAAAAGUGACGUCUACGUCUUUUCUACCUAAAAUAAGUUUACAGUACAUAACCAGUGUGCUUGAAAUGAUCAAAUGUUUGGCGCAUUUGCGUAGAAAACUGUUGCGCGGUGUAAAUAAACGGGUGGUAAAUGCUUGUGUUAGAUAUGUCCCAAACUGUGAUUUUUCUCCUCACCCGAAUUUUAUGUUUAUAAUAAGCAAA